AGCAGGUGGCGCUAAUGUCCUGAUAGUUUCUCUGCAAACAGAGUGGAAACCUUGCAGACGUGUGAGUCCACAGUCCAGAACCAAACAAAACCAGGGCCCUGCUGAACCUGUUCUCAGGCUCAAAUUAUUUUACAAAUCAGCACAAAAAUGGAGAUGCAGCUUCCCCCUCAUGAAGGAGCUGAGCUGUCUGUGGUCGACAUGCAUACGGGUGGAGAGCCUUUACGCAUCAUCAUCAGCGGUUACCCAGAGGUCAAAGGUGACAGCGUGCUCUCUAAGCGGCGCUAUGUGCGGGAGAACCUGGACCACCUGAGGAGGGUGCUGAUGUUUGAGCCUCGUGGACACUACAACAUGUACGGAGCUUUGGUGGUGGACAGUGAGCUCCCGGAGGCGGAUCUGGGCGUGCUCUUCAUGCACAACGAGGGCUACAGCACCAUGUGUGGACACGCCGUCAUCGCGCUGGGACGCUUCGCCGUGGACUACAAACUGGUGAAACAACCGCAGUCACCGGAGACACAAGUGAACAUCCACUGUCCCUGUGGGCUGGUGAAGGCGUUCGUGGAGUAUUCCAAUGGUCGGACAGGAGCCGUGAGGUUUCACAGUGUGCCAGCGUUCGCUUUUGCUACAGAUGUGACGGUGACGGUGGAGGGAUUUGGUGAAGUCGCAGUGGACAUCAGCUACGGAGGAGCCUUCUACGCCUUUGUGGACUCACAGAGGUUUGGUCUGGAUGUGUCCAAGUCCAGGACCCGAGACCUGGUCGACGCAGCCACAGCAGUGACCAAAGCUGUCAAAUCUCAGGUGAAGCUGCAUCACCCAGUCAGUGAUGACCUGGCCUUCCUCUACGGCACCAUCCUCACUGACGGCAAAGAUCAGUAUUCACCUGAACCCACCGCCAACAUGUGUGUGUUCGCAGAUGCCCAGGUGGACAGAAGUCCAACAGGUUCUGGGGUAACAGCCCGAGUCGCUCUUCAGUAUCACAAAGGCUUGAUCCAGCUGAACCAGACCAGGACGUUUGAGAGCGGAGCCACUGGAUCCCAGUUCACUGGAAAAGCUGUCGAGGAGACAAAGUGUGGCGACUUUAAGGCGGUGGUGGUGGAAGUCGGCGGCCGAGCCUUUUACACCGGAGUUUCUCGCUUUGUGCAGGAGGCAGACGAUAUGCUGACACACGGGUUUCUUCUGAAGUAAGCCUGAACACAGAACCUGAUAAGGCAGCAUCACAACUAUUAAAGGACUGGAGUUGUAAAGUGAUUGGUGAAGAAAAGAUGCAACUAAUUUCAGGUUUAGAGCAGAUGGAAUAUAUGUGUUUUAUACAUCAGUAACAGUUAAUAUCAAUCUAUCUAUGUGAGGACAGUCACACUGAUCAUUUCAUCCGAAGCUGUUGUAAAGGAUUCACCACUAGAUGUCGCUAUGAGCUUGAGCUAACAGAAGUCCUCUUGUUUUUAUACUUCAGCCUGUGUUUUCUUUGCACUCUUAAUAAUGUUCAUUGUGAAUAAAUGACACUUUAAUCCUCAGAAAAUUUUCUGCCUACAGGUAAGAUGUUUUGUUGUUGGGUCUCCAGGUUUUACCAACCACUAAUCCUGUGGCUGUAACCUGACAGACAGUAUUAGGUAACAGACGCUGACUGGAAACCCAACAAAACACUGACACAACAUGUGACUGUUAGCUCAAUGGAAAAAAAAGGUAGAGAUAUUUUCACCCAUUUAUUUUCCUCAGGUCAUCAUACAAUGGAAGGCAAUAUUUAAAUUAUAAAAGUUCAAUGGAGAAGUGUGACAGUGGAUGGAUUUACACAUCAGGAAACAUUUAAAUCAUACAUAUUACAUCCACAUGUCAUGUUUUCUACCACAAUGAAAACAUGACAUGUGAUCAGAGUUUGCAAAUAAGGAAGCUGUUAGUUUUGGGUUUUUUUUAGUUUUCUUGUUUUUUUUUGUGUGUAAAUCCAGCCAUUGUGCAUGAAACAUUUGAUUUAUUACAAAAACAAACUUCAAGGAGGACACUCCCAACACACAAAUGUAUUGCGUCAUUUAGGUUUGGAUUUAAUGGCAUUUAGUGUAAUAAUUAUGACUUCAUAUGCGCAUGUGUAACAAGAGCGCACACAACCUUAUAUAUAGAUAAAUGUAAUCUAUGACAUGAGUGUCCACACUUGUUGAGAAAUUGCAGAUUAGGCCCAGGCCUUGAGAGUACCCACUCAACAAUUAAAGUCAACAGAGUUAAGGCCAGCUCUUAACAGGAAAAAGUUCAAAUAAACAUAAAGUGAUCAGAUAUAUAAAUGCUGCACAUCAAUAAUGUUGAACAGAAAAAAAAACAACUUCUCGGCUGCGUCACUUGGA